AUGAACAUUCAAACGAUAGGGUCCUGAAAUUCAGGAUCUCUCUCCUCUGAUAAUCGCCAAUCGAGAGAUUUUCUAAAAAUGGAGCACGCAGAUGCAGCGCUUCGGAAAUGCUUCUCCCGAUGAUAUUCCCAGCACGUAAUUUUAUCGCAGUAUUUGGUAACAAGAUCGUCUUAAUUAUCAGUUUCGCCCAUUUUUCUCCGUCGUCAUUGACCUCCGUUGUCUAGGGGAAUCCUAGUUUUUCUGAUCGAUUGAUCUGAUUCUUGGUCUUGAUUGUGCGUUUUUUUCUUUUCUUUUUUCUCGAUUCUCGAUUAGCUAGGUCAAAUCUCGUUGAAUUGAAGAGAGAUGGGAAUCGAUGUAGAAGAUGUCAAAUUAUGCGUUUGUAGAAUUGUUCAUUUCUCCCUUAGGGUUAGCCGUAGAUUUGUACAGAAGCAUCCUUAUGUGUCUGGUACAUUGUUGUUUCUCUUCAUCUUGUACAUUUUCUUCCCUUCUGUUCUUAGUUUUCUGUUUUACAGUUUGCCAUUUCUUGGCCUAGCUGUAAUUCUCUUUGCCUAUUGGACUUCCAAAAAGUCCACAAUUCGAGUUGAGAAGAAAGAAGAAAGAAAAUUAGCGGUUUCCGAACAGUGGAAGAAGAAGACGACGACAACGACGACUGCGACUACGACGAGGAGUACAAUUUACAGAAAUCGUAGCGCUUACUUACGAAAUGCAACCAGUCGGCGACAACGAUUCACAGAUAAGAGUGAAUCAUGGAAAGCAGAAUCUCCAGUUAAUGAUUCGGUAGGCAGAACGGAUCAAUCGAUUGAAUCCGAUAGCUCAGAAUCAUCAAUCGAGGCGAAGAAAGAAACACAACCUCUCGAGUCUGAAAAUAAUGCAUCUACUCUCAGUACAACAUCAGUUGAUAAAGAUAUUGAAGUUUCCGGUCAAAACGAUACAAUUCUAGUGUCGGAGUUACUAGUAAAGCCCGAUCUCGCCGGAUUUGAUGGCUCAAGCUCUCAAACUACUAAAUCCGAUAGCGGUGGCGACGAGACGAAGAUCGAAAGCUCGGAAGAUGCAGAGGACGAGGACGAAGAAGAGGCACAAGAGGAUAGGAAUAAAGCCGUGGAGUGGACAGAAGACGAUCAGAAGAAUCUGAUGGAUCUAGGGCUUUCAGAGAUCGAGAGAAACAGAAGAUUGGAGAGCCUAAUUGCGAGGAGAAGAGCUAGAAAAUCGUACAAACGCAAAGUUGAGGAAACUGCUGUUACAGUCGACAUUGUUCCUCCAGGUCAAAUUCCCAAAAUCAUAACUACAAGAUACGAUCCUCUCGAUGUAGCAGAGUUUGAAGGUGUUCAAUUACCUGGUUCUGCUCCUUCUAUUCUGUUGCCGAUGAGAAAUCCAUUCGAUCUUCCAUAUGAUCCUCAUGAAGAGAAACCAAAUCUAAUGGCCGAUAGCUUUCAGCAGGAAUUCACAGCAGCUCACCAAAAGGAAUUAGCAUUCUGUAGGCACGAGAGCUUCUGUUUUGGACCUGCUUUCCCUGACGAAGUUGUGGGAGUGGGAAUGGGAUACCACCCAAGAUAUCGAAGACCUUCAAUUUCGCUUGUAGAUAAAGGCGAGCAUGACUGGCUAAUCGAACAGCUUUUAUUCAAAGGCGCCGAAAAAAACCCCAUUGCUGUAGAAACCAGAGGCGUUCAAACUGUAGAUUCGUCACAAACAGGGCACGAAAAUGCAACGGAGCUCGAAAGCAAUCAAGAGAAGGAGAUUCCCGCAGAUUCCGAGAGCGAAUUUGAAAUGGAGCCACAGCUCACGCCAGAUGGUAAUGCCCAAGCAAGCCCUUCAUCUUCGUCGGACAAUCCCGAAGCUGUGAUCUGUGACGAUGUGGGAGUAAUUUCAAAAACUUUCGAGUCAACAUUGAGCAGCGCACUGAACAAAUCCUUGAACUGUAGAAUACCAAAGAGCCGAUUGAUAAAGGAACCUCUCUGUGAUUUUAGCCCGACGGGAUUUGAGAAGAACAAAAUGGAUGAGCGUUUUCUUUACCCAGAAAAAGUGGCGUGUCACACGCCAACUUACUCCAUUGCUUCUGACCUUCAAGUGGAGGUCUCUGAGAUUGGCUCCCCUCCCACUGUUGAUGGGAACAACACUGAUGCAGAAUCGUUGAACCCUGAUUGGGAGAUUGAGAAGGAGGUGAAUUUUGGAGGUGAACAAGAUGACAUGAGUCCAAUGACGGUGGAGGAGGUGCGGUCUAAUGAGAUUGUAUCUGGUUUAGAGGAGGAAGGAGAAGUUAAGGCCCGGAGAUUCAGUGUCCCAGAUAAUGCAUUACCCCCUAAAACUAUUCAAGGUGCAAUAAUGGCUGAGGAGCUGGUGGAUCAUCCUUCUCAAGUUGUCCCACAAAUGCCUGAGGAGUUAUCUAUUCCCAUUCCCACAGAUGAUGAAGAAGAAGCCACAAAUCACAUUAUUGACCAAAAAGAUGCAAAAGCUCAAGCUAACAUGAAAAACAUGGAGAAAACCAGUGAAGAUGUAGUAAAUGGUGGAUUGGAUAUAUUGACGAAGCAAGAGGAUGAUGGAAAGAAAACAAGAUCAUUGGAGGAGGAAACUGAUCUAAAAUAUUGCAAAUCUUCUGAUGAUGGUUCUGAUAAUUCUUCUGGAUAUCGAGCCGAGUCGGACCACGAACAUUCGGAAGAAGGAAGUAGAAACCUGGAUCAGAUUAAAGGUCAUGGAGAUCUGGUAGAGCCGAGAAAGAUUGAAGAACAGUUGGAGUUUAUACAAGACAAUAAGAACCAACCAAAUGUUGUGGAAUCUGAAUUCUGGAGUUCUAAAGAUGCCUUGAAAUCGACUGUAGAGGACAACUCGGUCACUGAUAGAGGAGUUCCUCUUGAUUCCAAUGACAUAAUAUGUUCUGAUGCCUCACAGAAUCAAGUAAAUGCUGUACAAAUUGAAUUUCAGAAGUCUAAUGAAGCCAUGAACUCUACUGUGGAGCAAGAUUUGGUCAUUCAAAAGGAGCCUCAAGACCAUACCAGUGCAGAACUAUCUCCUCCAGAGUCUUCAAUUGAAGAACAAAUCCAUGUGGGCAAAGUCUCCUUACCGCAGGAUUUCAUGGUUUCCCCCGAGAACGACGACCCAAAAACCAGGGAGAAGGAUGAUCAUAAACCUGCUGAUGCCAUUGAAAUCAAAAGUGAGCUCAUCAAAGACCUUUCAGAACAAAAUGGUGAAAAAUCCAACUUGGAUCCCAUGGAUGACCUUGAGAAAACAGAUCAGAAUUUGAGCUCAACUAACCCAGCGCUCGAUGCAGAUUUGAAAAUCUCAGAAGUUAUUGUACAAGGAGAUCAGGCAACGACUAACCAACUAACAGAAAUUCCUGCCGUCGAAGUUCAAGUUGUAGCUGAACCAGCACCCGAUAUUGUGACCAACAAAAACAUAGAAGUUCAAGUUGUAACUGAACCAGCACUCGAUAUUGUGACCGAUAAAAACCAAGAAAUUCAAGUUGUAACUGAACCAGAUAUUGUGACCAACAAAAAUAUAGAAGUUCAAGUUGUAGCUGAACCAACGCUCGAUAUUGUGACCAACAAAAACAGAGAAGUUCAAUUUGUAACUGAAUCGGCACCCGAUAUUGUGACCAAUAAUGAAUCAACACUUGUGACCAACAAAAACAUAGAAGUUCAAGUUGUAACUGAACCGACACCCGAUAUUGUGACCCACAAAAACAUAGAAGGUGAUAGAAAUUAUGAAGUUGAAAGUGAAUCUCACAGAUUCAACAAACAAGAAUCUGAUGAAGCUGAGGAGAGGGAAAUGGAAUUUGACAAUGACAUGGAAAGUUACUCCAAAGAUUUGAAUGGAAAUGAAGAAAAAGGAAAUGUGAUGGGCCUGCAAAAGCCCACAGGUUUGGCCCAUGAAAGCCCAUUAGAAUCUUCAUUAUAUGCAGAUAAAGGAUCGCAGUAAUGGUGGCCAUGGGAUGGGGGUUUGUUCUUUUGUAGAGAUUUUAGCAAAGUUGAUAAGGGAUAAAAUAUUUGUAAUUUUUGUUCAGUUGUUUUGAGACUGAACAUACUGAUUACUGAUUAGUUGUGUAAAAUCAAUACCAAUUACUAAAUGUAAUUAU